AUGCAAGCGCCUCCACCAAAACCAAAAGUCCGCACGAGCCAGGGGACACAGACGGGGGUGUAUAAAAUCGACACGAUAAAGGAUAUCGCGGACUCGUUGAACAUUGUCAUUUCAGACAGCGUCGCGUCAGCGCUGGCGAGCGAUGUAGAGUAUAGAAUUAACCAGGUUAUUGAGGAAGCAGCCCGCUUCAUGCGCCACGGCCGACGAACCCUGCUCACGACCGCCGACAUCGACCUCGCCCUCCGCACACUCAACAUCGAGCCUCUCUACGGCCACACACCCUCUACAUCCUCAUCUUCAUCCAGCGGCUUCCGCCGUGCUCUGCCCUUUCCACAGAUCCCCGCCGCGGGCCCUGUGUACUUCCCCGAAGACGAGGAGAUCGAUUUUGACCGUGUGCUGCGAGAGGAGAAGAUCGCGCUGCCUAGGGGUGUGAGCUGGACAGCGCAUUGGCUGGCUGUGGAGGGUGUGCAGCCGCUUGUGCCCGAGAAUCCGCCCGCGGUGCCGCGCGAGAGCGACGGGGACCCGCUGGCGAAGGGGGACCUCCUCAAGCCCAACGGCGUGGGUGCCGCGGCGCAGCCACCGGUGGGUGGUGCAGGUGUUGCGGCAGGCGCACCGAUGCUGGCGGUGAACGGCGACGCGAAGAAGGCGGGUGCGGCGCAGCAGCAGCAGCAGCUCGUGAAACAGGUCUUGUCCCGCGAGCUGCAGUUGUAUUACGCGCGUUUGACGGCGUCGUUGCUCCCGCCUAGUGCAUCGGACCACGCGAAGCGCGUUGCGGCGCUCGCGAGUCUGCGGCACGACGCUGGGCUGCAGGCGUUGCUGCCCUACCUGGUACGAUGGGUUGGUGAGGGUGUUGUAGGUGUGCUCAAGGAGGAUGCGCCAGCGGAAGGAGAGGGCAAGGUGUUGGACGUGCUUUUGGAUGUUAUCGGCGCGAUAUUGGAUAACAGCACACUAUUCGUCGAGCCUUACCUGCACCAAAUUCUCCCGCCCAUUCUCUCCAUCCUCCUGCACUCCUCGCUUCCACAAACACACACCACACACCUCCGCACCUCCGCCUCGCAGACGCUCGCGAAGCUGCUCACGCAGCACUCGACCACGUACCCCUCUCUCUCACCGCGGAUAAUGAAGACGCUCCUCCUCGCGCUGAUUUCACCAGGGAAGAGCACGGGCACGCGGGAGGGCGCGAUUCGCGGGCUGGUGGGUGUGGGGAAGGAGGCGGUGAGGAAGGGCUUGGUCGAAGGUGGCGGUGCGCGCGUUGUCGGUGCGGAGUGGGAGAAGGAGCGCGAGCGCGGCAGGCCGGCGCAGGGACUUGUGAAUUCCGUCAUGGAUGCGCUGAGGGUGUUGCAGCCCCCGCCGUCUGAUGAUAUGUCAGACGCGCUGGAUCCUACGCGAGACAGCGAGCUCAUAGCUAAAUUGCAUGAUGUCCUUGGCCCAUUCUUCGCGAGACAGGUUAUGAGUGAUGCGGCGUGGGCAAAGGAGAUUCUAGGGGUGUCUUCAUAG